GUCACAUAUAAGUUGGCUCGUCUCGUAGUUUGUCACAGUCUUAUGGUUUUGUCACAAUCGUACACAGUUUGAGUAUUAGUGUUAGAUAAUAUUAUAAUUUUAAACAUGUUGAGGUAUUUCUGUUUCCUAGCCGUGAUCCUCGGUGCGAGAUCCGCGUCGGCGCCAUUCAUCAAGCCCUGUCAAACGACGGACAACGCAUGCGUGGUGUCGUCUGCGCAGGCGGCGGUGCCGUUCAUCGCGCCAGGCAUACCUGAACUAGGAGUCAAGUCGUUAGAUCCCAUGUUAUUGGAGGAGGUCCGCAGUGACCAGGGAGGGUUACACCUCCUCUUCAAGAACACUGUACUGACCGGCAUGAAGGGGUGCUCAGUUGAUGCUGUCAAGAUGAAGAACAACAAGCAGACGGUGACCAUCCGGUGCUCGGUGAUGCUCAAGGGAGACUAUACGCUCAGCGGGCAGCUGCUCGUGCUGCCCGUGCAGGGGGAGGGGCCCUACACCAUCCAUAUACGUGACAUCGUGAUCAAGGCGUUCACGGAAAUAGAGACAGUGCCGGGCGCGGACGGCAAGCCGCACUGGAACAUCGCCAAGUGGAGGCACACCUUCAACGUCAAGACCAGCACCGUCUUCGACUUCGAAAACCUCUUCAACGGCAACCAGAUACUUGCGACUCCUGUGGCAGAGUUCAUGAACUCGAACUGGCGCGACGUGAUGCAGGAGGUGGCGGGCCCCAUCGUCCACGCGAUAGUCUCCAACGUCGUUGACGGCGUACAGGCUCUUUACAAGGCUGUCCCCGUGGAAGAACUCAUCGUCCAAUAAAUAGACUGUAACUGACUGUAAAAUGGAAAAUGUUUUGUAAUGCUUGAAUUUAAUAUAAAAAAAAUGUGAUGUAAUUUUAAAUAAAAAAAUAUUUAUAA